CCUCACCCAAUCCUUCUUAAGUACUCCUUCACCACCACCACCUUCUUCAAUCACAACACUUACUUACUGCCUACUGCCCUCCCAUUAAACAUUAUUAAAUUCAAUCCUCCCCUUCCUCUAGCUAUCUCCUUAAUUAAAAUUAGUCCCUCUCCCUCCCUCCCUCCCUCCCUCCCAACAAACACAAAACAGAGAAGAGAUCAGUAGUCUCCUCCAUUUCCCAAAACAAAGAAAUAACCACAAUGUGUUCCUCUAAGUCUAAAUUCCAAGGCAGCACUGGCACUGCCGUUGAUCAUCAUAUCAUCAAUAUGAAUGGCCGUUCAGUCCUUCAACCUACUUGCAACGUCCCAUUCCCCCCUCUCUUACAACGCCGCAAUUCGCUAUUUAAGAACAACAAGAACAAGGUUAUUUCUACUCCUACUCAUACUCCUACUCCUAAUGCUAAAGUAUUAGUCACACCACCUGUCUCUCCCAAGCUACAAUCGCCCGUGGUUAAGAGAGGAAAUCACGACCCAAAUGGAUUCAACUCCAGUGGUGAAAAGGAGUUUACACCGAGGGGCUCUUCCAAAUCGGUGGCAAAGAAGUCGAAGAGAGGCGGUGGGAUUACUGGGGGUGGAGUUGUGCCACUCGCAGAGGCCUCCUCUUCAUUGAAAUAUGCUUCCUCAUUUAUGGUUGAGGCACCGGGAAGCAUCGCAGCGGCUAGGAGGGAACAAGUUGCGAUUAUGCAAGUACAGAGGAAGAUGAAGAUUGCUCACUAUGGAAGAACAAACUCUGGUAAAUACCAAUUAGGCAAGGUGGUGCCUCUUGAUUCUUCUUCGGCUCCUGCAAAUGAGGAAAAGAGAUGCAGCUUUAUCACUAGUAAUUCAGAUCCAAUAUAUGUUGCCUACCAUGACGAAGAAUGGGGAGUCCCUGUCCACGAUGAUAACCUGCUAUUUGAAUUGCUAGUAUUGACGGGUGCCCAAGUGGGAUCAGAUUGGACUUCAGUUUUGAAGAAACGGCAAGGGUUCAGGGUGGCCUUUUCAGGAUUUGAUGCAGAAACUAUUUCGAAGUUUUCGGAAAAGAAGAUUUCUUCCAUCAGUGCUGAUUAUGACAUUGAAAUAAGCCUAAUCCGAGGCGUUGUUGACAACGCGAACCGAAUUCUAGAGAUCAGAAAGGAAUUCAGAUCAUUUGACAAGUAUCUCUGGGGAUUUGUGAAUCACAAGCCCAUUAGCACCCAAUACAAGUCAUGCCACAAGAAGCCCGUGAAGACCUCGAAAUCCGAGUCCAUAAGCAAAGACAUGGUGAGGAGAGGUUUCCGGUUAGUCGGCCCAACCGUGAUCCACUCCUUCAUGCAGGCGACCGGCCUCACCAACGAUCACUUGACCACCUGCCCGAGACACCUUCGAUGCCUAGCAGUUGCCACUUCUCAGCUUCCAACCGCAGCCCCCGCUCUCUAAGCAAAAAGCAUUAUGCGAUGCAGGAAUAUAUUCGUCUGCGUUGCAUCGAGAAAGUAUUAGUCCAAAUGACAAAAGAUCAUAUGAGAUGGUUUGAAAAUAUAAAAAGAAAAUUGAUUAGCUGAUGAUCCUCUAAUUACACAUAGGGCCAUUUCAAUAUUAAUUUAGUGAGGGUGUGAGGUUUUCAAUUCAAUUAGUACCAGGUCAUUAGGGUGGGGAGCAUUUGAAUUAAUAUUAGAGGUUGAUAAGGAGAAUAAAAGUUGGUGUGGAAUUUGAA